AUAAAAACCCGCCCCAUCCAAAUCAAACCAAACACAGAAACAGGUAAAAUCCAGUUCGAAUUUACGAAACAAAGAAUUAAAAAUCUCAGAAAGAUUACUUUGCUAGAUACAAAACAUUGGAAUGGACAAGAGAGCAUUAUACCGGGCAAAGCUGAAGGAACAGAAGCAGAAGCAAAUUGAUUCCCCUCUUGUAAGGUACAAUGAGCACGAUCAACCUGUAUGUAGAGUGUGUGAUGUUGUUCUGAAAUCUGAAUCACAGUGGCCUGGACAUCAAGCUUCUCGGAAACAUCAUGAGGCCAUAAGUAAUCUCAAAGCUAAUGCUGCUGCCGCGAAAAAUCCAAACAAUGUAAAAAGCGAGCCUCCAAAGGAGUUGCCUAAAACCAAGCCUCAAAUUUCUGAGGGCUUAAACCGUAAAGAACCUGAACCUUCUGCUGCAUUGCCCAAGCCUCGUGCAUCAUCUAUGCUUCCUCCCAAUUUUUUUGACCAGCAAGAGACAAAGAGGCCAAAAAUUGAUAAAGAUUCGGCUAGGUUGGGAGACCAUGUAUCUCUCAGAGGUCCUCCAGUUUCAGAUCGAACUGAAGAGGUUGAACCGUCUUCGGCAAGGUCUAGCAUUCAGGGCCUAUCUACUUCCAAGAAUGCUGAGACUAGAAGCAUGGAGAAUCAGCAAUCUGGUGAAAAUGGACCGAUGUCAAAAGUGAGUUCUGGUUCAGAUGCUAAGCAGGUCAAAGGAGCUCUUCCUGCAGGUUUCUUUGACAACAAAGAUGCCGACUUACGUGCUCGUGGUAUUACACCAGUCAAACCAGAUGUCAAGGAUGAGUACAAAGAAUUUGAGAAGUCAAUCCAAGAAGACUUAAAAGAGGUUGACAACCGUUUAGAGGAGGAAGAGAUUGAUGCUGCAGAAAUGAUUGAAGAGGAAGUAUCUGUCGAACAGAGGGGCAUUAAGGAACGACUGGAGAUGUUGCGGCGGAAAAAGAUGGAACUUAAGGCUGCCAAGUCUUCGUUAGGAACCCGAGAAAGUAAGAUUGCAGAUAAGGAGUCUAGUGAUGACGAAUCAUCAAGUGAUAGUGACGAAAAUCUUACUGUGGAUUGGAGAGCUAAACAUUUGUGACCCGUCUAUGCUGAUAGUACACAUUCUCUCAUCUCUCCCUCAUCGUCAUAUUGUGAACUGCAUUGCUCAGACUCCCCUAAAAUGCACGAAUUUGGAGGAGUGUAACACCCCGAACUUUCGGACUAGGAUUUGAACUCAUACACGUAUAGAGGCCCAAAUCCGAUGAUUUUGAUAUGUGUUAAGAUCAAUUAUCUAGCGUGGUUAGUGCUUUGAAUAUGAAUUAUGGUCAUAAGAAACCAACACAAAAUUUAGUUACAACUAAUUGAUUUAUUCAUGAGUUCUCUUCA